CCGUGCAGCCCGUACGUCGCAAUUGCCCUUGAAAUUGAAAUCAUUGAUAUAGUUACAUAUCUUGUAAAAUAUUACAAUUUGUGUAACUAUUUUUAUGCAUCUGAUAUACUCCAACAUGGAUAUGCACUAUAUUGUAAUUUAUAGUUAAUUUACAGAAUUCGUUGGCGUCUAUUUUAGCAACAGGGAGGUUGGAGGUUCAGACUGAACGCGACUGUUUCGGAUAACACUAUGGCGGGGAAUUCGAAAGAGCAGCAACUGUCUCUGCGCGUUUACAACAGCCUUCAGCGCUUCGGAUGCCCUUUGGUUGAUGGUCUAUACCUGAGAGAAGCGGACAGUAUGCAAGAUCUUCUGUGUAAGCCUUCGCAACAUCGCAUGGAUAUACUGAAAUGGAUUUGCGUCAGAAUCUGCCCAUCCCUGAAAGAGAAAUUCUCUGCAAUGAAAUCGUCGCAGACUGAGGAAGUGGUAAAAGAAAUCACACGAUUUGGGCAUGAAAUGAUGCUGUGUAAAGCCGAUGACCAGGAGCUAAUCAAGGGAUGUGCCACCUCUUUAAAACAGCUUUUGUUUUUGGAAGAACUUUUAAUGAUUGCCAAGGACAGCAACUACACAUCUCAAGAAAAAUCUGGAGAUGAAGAUGUGAGGAAUGAGGGUCUUCUGGGAGAUCUAAUGUCUCCCGAUCACCUGCCUGACCUGAUUCAGCUGAUGAAUCCUGUUUGCACACCCUGGUCUGCGCACAUACGGGAGCACCUGAGAGUCUCUCAGCCUGCUCAGUCCAAGGGGAACCGUGGAAAAGGGAGUGAUUUCAAUAACAGUAGUCCGCAUCAUUCAGGCCUUGGUAAACUUGGUGAUGGCAAUUUAGGCGAAGCCACAGCCCUCCUGCAAUCCACUCAGAAUGCUUUAGAGGAACUCCGCAAAGAGUGUGACUUCCUGCAGUCUAACCCGCAAAGCUCUGGGGUCUCGCUGUCGCCCUGUGCUCUAAAAGUGGCAAUAUCAGACAUGGCUCAGCUCAUGAGUGCCUUCAGCCAGGUCUACAGCACAGACUUUAAGGACUACUGUCAGAGAGCACCUCCUGUCCUCAGUCCCAGCGCACAGGUCUUCCAGUGUGUACAUCAGCUCCUGCACCGCUGCAACAUGGAGCUGGAGGCGCUGCAGCAGCUGUCAGAAACCUCAUCCUCAGUGAUGAAGACAAUGAGACGAAUACAGGCAGACCGGCAGUACUGGGCCAAGGGAGAGAAGCAGACACUGUCUGACCAAUUGGAGUCGUUGAGGAAUAGAUACACUGCUUUUCUGUCACAUCACCAUUCAUAACAAUUUUAGAACUCACUUUUCCUAGUUUUGGCCUGAAUUUCUACUGUAGCAUGAGUCAUAACAAUGUAUAAUGUUUUCAAAGCUUAUUCAUGUUUCUGCUGUUCAAUUUCACUUUGUAAAUAUUUUGUACUCAUUCAUCAGUAUUUUACUUAAAUAGAAUUAUGAGCUUAUGAUGUUCUAUGAUGAAUAAACAUCUGUAUUAUGACAAACUGUCACAAUAGGGCAAAAAUUGUGUGUUGUGAAGAUCUUUUGUUAGUGAUUUAAAAAGUGACCUGAUGUAUUAAAGGAAUUACAUUUCUA